AUGUUGAUUGCAUCUUUGGCCGCUUUGACGUACUCCCUCGUGGUAAUGAUGUGGGGAUGUAUCACUUCCACGUGGGUGUUGGAGCAUCGCAACAGCAUUGUUGUGAAGAUCGGCACCGAAACAUAUGCAAAUGUGGUUGACAGCCGGUUUUUAAGUUUUACCGUCGACCCUAUGUAUUUGUUUGCUAAUAGUGAAAAGUAUAAUAGUCAAGAAUCAGUGUGUAUGGCGUCAUCGCUUACACCUGCAUACAUCCGGAUAGCAGGUCCCUCCACAUCACAUCUUUCUUUUACUAACUCCACAAUCACAUACACAAACCUUAAUAAUCAUGAAAAACAAAGAUUAGAAAUAAGCCCUGGACAGUGGAAAAAGUUCGUUCAUUGGGCGAAAGAUAAAGGUUUCGAUUUAGUAUUUGCAUUGAAUAAUGAGGACAAGAAUCCUGCGGGACUAUGGGAUCCUAAUUCGGCUUUGGACGUGUUUAGUAUGGCAGCAAAGGCUAAUGUUAGCGAGAUAUAUUGGCAGUUGGGCUAUGAAUGCUCAAACCAAUCAGUAGAUGAGUACUUAAAUGACCUGGAAACCCUGCGCGUCAUGACAGAGACUUUCGCAUCUCAAUGGCGCACAGUUGGUGGUGAUGUCAGUAAAUGCCUUCACACGGACUCUAAGAGUGACUUCAUUGACUACGUUACGCUCAGCGAAGAUAUGAUGGACGCAAUAUUGCUUAAUGGCAACUCCUCAUCGCAAGAACUAGAAAAGUUAUCCGAAGCGGACCGCCUUAAGUUACUCAAACUUCUAAGCCAGAGCAAGACGCCCCUCUGGCUAACAGAAAGCCGUCACUCCAGCCCGCACGACCAAUUAUUCCGAGCAGCCGACUGGAUCACAAGUCUCGGGUAUUCCGCGAGAAAUGGCUUCGCAGUGCACUUUAGGGAACUGGUUGAAGAAGAACUGUUUGAACCUACUUUGAGUUUCUACAUGGCUCUACUCUUCAAGAACCUUGUCGGCGAGCGAGUGCUAAAUGUUGAAAUGGAAGCAUCCCAAGCGGUUCUAUUUGCACAUUGUACGUCGUUACGUCACAAGCCGGUGCCUGGGGCUGUCACUUUGUAUGCCGCGAACAUGGACAGCGCACCUGCGAGGUUUUCCAUUAAGCUGCCGAGACGGGAAGAGGGAGGGGAUAUUAUGCAAUUUAUUUUGAGCCAGGACAAUAGUGGAAAUAUUAUCGUGAACGGCAAAGCAAUGUACCACGAAAGUGACAUCCGACCAAUCGUCAAACGAGUUCGCCCGUAUAGGACUCUAUUGAUCAAUCUGCCAGCCAAAUCCUUCGGGUUCUGGGUCCUGGCUAACACUAAGAUCGAAGCAUGUCAUGAUUACGAAGAUGAUGAUGUCAUAAAAAAUGAAUUGGUUGAAGCCAUGUCACUGGAUAAUGAAAGCGACUCAGAAAACACUGUUAAGAUUAAACGUUCUAUAUUAUCUAACUUGGACGCCGAUGAAAGGAAUUCCAAAGAGGAUAACAGGCAUAACUUGAUUAUGAAUAAAGACUUGAAAAAGAGAGUUAAAAAUCUGAAUAGUAACUUAGACAAUAUGCUUAAGGUAUUUAACAAAAAUUCAGUUUUGAAAAGAAAGAAACGUUUUACAUCUGACGAAGAUCACAGUGAUGUCAAGAAAAAGUUGAGAUACUUGAAGCGUAGACUAGAAGAAAAAUUAGAUGAGAGCCCUAAGUUCGAGGUUUUUCGAAAACUAUUAGGAACGACCAAAAACGAAAAAGUAAAUUAUAGACAUAUAAUAAAGAAAGCGUCCAGAUUUCAUAGAAGUAAUUUUAAUAAAAAAAGUGCUAAAAUUGAAUCUGCUAAGUCAGUUGACGACGAUUCUUUCGAAAGUAAUGUCAAUGAAAAUAAAUCAAGAAAGCGAAGAAGUAUAAGUGAAGAAGAAAAGCACAAUGAACAUAAUAUUAAACAUAAACAUGCGAAAGAGAACUCAGCAGAAAAUGAAAUAGAUUCAGAUUUGAAACAAGCCAAAUUAUGGAAGAUAUUACAUGAAAUACACAAACAGAUGAAAAAAAUUGAAAAUGAAGAUGAUAAAGUGAAUAGUUCUCCAGAUAAUGACAGUGCAGACAUUGAUGAAAGGUCAAAGGAUGAAGGUCAUAUCACAGCAAAGUCAAAAUUAUCAGAUGAUAUAGCAACGACGGCCAUAGAAGAUAAAGAUGAAGCCUUUGCAGGCCAAAAAGUCAUGCUCCCGACCUAA